AUGGAGAACGAAACUAAAUUAAAAGAAAUUGAUAUUGUUGACACAGGUAGCUUUUUUUUAAAAAAACAGAGCUUACCUCAUUUACAAAAUAAAAAUGUUGAAUACACAAGUGGUGAAAAGGUUCACGUGGAUUGGGAUACCUUGAGCGGAAUCAGUACUCCUGGACGCACCUCAAAAAUGACCGCCAAUAUUGAUAAAAAUGUUGAUAUUCUACAUGUCAAUGAAAAUAAUCUUAUUAAACAAGAAAUUGUAAAAUUUAAAAUAAAAUUUAACGCUGUUAAAAAUAAUGUGAAAUAUAAUGAAAUUAUAUCAACCCAAGAUAAUGAUUGCAGAAAAGAAGGAAGUAAAAAUAAUUUUAAUUUUGAAGAUCAGAAAAAUUUCAGCAACGGAAAGAUCGAUAAUUUAUUAAAAAAAGGUGUAAACAAAGAUUCAGAUUACUUAGAGACAUUGAAAAAUUUUUCUAAAAAAAAUAAAAGGAAAACAGUAAAGUUUGGAAACCAUGCAAACAUGGAAUCGCUGCUGCCGACUCUACCUAUUGCUUCGCCUGAUCUUUUCGAAAAUUUAAUAAAUGUUGACGAUUUCCAGAAUGAAAAACAACAGAAACAAGGAGAAGAAGAAAGUGAACUAUGCCCUGAAGUUACUAAAAAUGAAAAUGAAAUACUUAACAGUAUAAAACACUUUCUUAAUAACACCAAGGCAAUCAACCUCGAAAUUAAAUUUCAGAGUCAACUAGAAAAUUUGAUAGUUUUGAACAGGAAUAAAAUACUGAAUUUUUGUCACAACAAAAACUCUUGCAAACAUAAAGUUCGUGGUCUCGUUUCAUUCGAAGACAUUACAAAGAUAAGUUGGCCGCAAACGUUGUCCCUCAAAUAUUAUGGGGUUAAUUAUAAUUUAUCAACUAGAACAGAGGAAAUAGAGUACUUAUACCUUUCAAUUAUUGAUCGUUUUGUAAAAUCUGAAACAAGAAGUUCAUUUAAAUCAUCUCCAAAUAAUAAAAUAAAGAAACAUUUUGGAGCAGUACCCCAGUCACCAAGAAGUCGUUUAAGUCAUUUAGCUAAAAGACGAGCAACGUUUUCUUCCGAAAAUUUGUUGGUGGCUUCUCAAAAAACUAAAAAUGCAAUUAGAAAAAAGCAAAUUGCUAUGACUUCUAUAAAAUCGCAACCAGUUUUAAAGAAUAAGGUAAUUACGCCUAGAAAAAAAAUUGUGAUAAACAACAAUAAUACAAACUAUUGUACACCAUCGUCUAUUAAAAGGUCAAAAGACUCUACAGAUUGCGAUAAUAUUUUCUCAAAAACAACGUCAAAUCAAAUACUUUUUUCUAGUUCUUUACAAAGUGUUUCUGUAUUUACUCAAAAAUCAGAAUGUAUGACUCAUCCACACGUAGCAUAUCGCAUUGAAAAAUCCAAGCGAGCCUUGUUUUCGCCUGAAAAUUUGAAGCAAAAACCAUUCGAGAAAAAACACCUUCUAGAAAAAGAACCCUUUUUGAAAAAGAGAAAAAUCACACACGCUGAAGCAAAUUCUGAAGAAUUGUCAGAUAAUGAUUUCGCAAAACCAUUGAAAUGCAAAAGCCAGAAUUAUUGCGAAGAUUUAGUUCAAUUUUCGUCUUCUAUCACUCAAGAAAAUUCCCUAAAACAGUGUAGCUCAGACACUAAUUUUUCGAAUCAAUUAAGUGACAGUCACAAAAAGAAACUUUUAUGGGCUGUGUCAAAAGCUUUGCAAAACCAGAAAAUUGGUGUUAGCCACCCUAAAUUUAAAAGUUAUGUGUCUACCUUAGCAAGAGCGGUUAAACGUUUAUUUUUGCAGUUUUAUAAAAAAAGAAAUAGCACAAGCGAAGUUUUGUUAAAAUUAUCUAAAAAAUAUGUUUAUAGUGUUAUAAAUGAAAAAACUGCAGAUGAAAUUUAUUUAAUGGAAAAAAUUGAAUUUGAAAAUCGAACACAGGGUAUAAAGACGGUAUUUUCAGGACAUCCGAUGCCCCUUUUGGAAAAAGGUGCAAUUCCAAAUACAAAACAGUCUUCAGCAUACUUGACAUCAAACGAUUUUAUCGAACGUAUUUAUGAUUCUACGUUAAAUUUGAAUAACGAUAUUGUAAGAAACGACGAAAAUAAAUCUAAUAAGUUUCCAAUUUUUAUGAUUCGUUCCAAUUCAGCACUCCAAAGUAGUGCAUCAAAAAAACACUUAGAUAUAAUAAAAAUUGAUAACAAUACAUAUAUCGAACGAAAAUCGGGGAGGAAAUGUUUUACUGGAAAGGACGAAAGUAAUAUUAGUCCUUGUUUAGAAAAAUCUUACAAUAGAAUUAAUUUUAACGAUCUCCCAAAUACUGCUAAAAGUCGUAAUUUUAUGAGUGCAAAACGACGCAUAUCAUUCGAUGAGUAACUUGGUUGAGAUAUUCGAAAACUGUGUUUUGAUGAAAACGAAUCAAAAUUGCACAUAAUUAAUGUUUUGUAAUAAUUGCACAUAAUUAAGUGAUAACAAUUUUGUAUAAGUUGUUGUAGGACAAAUAAGAUAAUGUUCUUUAGCUUUUCAACCACGUUUCGAUUUAAUUUUAAAUUUUCACCAGAGCUAUCAAAAUAAUAAUUUAAUAUGACAAUAAUGUUUUUACAAUAUUUUAUACAUUUCCUAUAUGUACACUUGCAUUAAGUUAUUGAACAAAUUUUAAUUUUAUGUUAACAUAAUUGAUAUCACUCUUAAUAGCUCUAACUAAUGCCAUAUAUAUCUACAGGCCAUCAAACUCAGAGAGCAAAUCAAAAAUAAAUUCCAAAUUUAAGUUGGUAAGUGAAGAAAGUUGGUCAAAAUUUUUGGCUCUACUGAUUCUACAUAUUUUUUGAAAUUUAAAAUUGAAAUUUCAAAAAAAUCGGUUGGUAAAUUCCAUCUCAAAAAUGCACUUAAAAGAAAAAAAAAUUGCAAUUUUUAGCGCAGACAACCUGGUCUUCCCAACUGAAGGGUACUGAAUUACAGAAUAAAAUUUUUGAAUAAGAAAUAGAAUUUAAAAAAAAAUUGAAGAAAAAAACAAAAACAUAAUAAUUAUAAUCUAAAUGGCUUUUAAAAUCAUACUAAAUAAAAUGAGAAUUAUAAAGAAUACUCAAAAACUUCACAAAAAAAAAAUAAAAAAAUAUUUCAAUCGGCAUACUUCGAAAACAUAAAACAUUGAAAUUUUGAAUCGGAAAAAAAUACAAAACAUAAGAAUUGUUUUUGUAUUUUUAGAUUCAAAAUUUCGGAAAAUAUUAUAAACUUGAAGGCCUGAUAGAUAUAUAUGGCAUUAGCUCUAAUCAUUAAAUUUAAUAAAAUUCAUAAAAUCAUCAACUAUUGUAUUUUAAAAAAUAACAUAUAAGUAAACAACUAAAAUAAAUUAACACAAAUUGUAAAUGAAACAAAACUAGACUUUUACAAAACUUAAACUAUGUACGUUAUAAUAAAAAUAAAAAUAUUA